AACUAGACACCACAAAAGUUUGCGUCCGAAGGACUUCCAUCUGUCUGCUGCUGCUGUUGCGACCAUCCACAACCAACUCCCCAUUAUCUCCGUCUUGUGUUCUGUCUUCCGUCUCACCCUUCUUACAUCCUUGUGUUUCCCUCUGUCAGAGACCCCCCCCCAACAAUGGCUGCGGUUGUGAGUGUGAUCACGGCAACAAGCAACAGCGGCAGCGCCUGUGUGGAAGAGCUGCUGCGGCUCAUCCACAACCCCAAACAUGGGGAGCAAAAGCACGCGGUGCAGGUGCGAGCGUGUGUACGGUCUGAGAAACAGAAACGCGACCUCCUGCAACACGGGUACCAGCAGUCGCCUUCAGCCGUGACAGUGACGGCGGGCGUGGACGCCCUGGCCCCAAACACGCUGCCCCCUGCGUUUGAAGGGGCGAGUGUCGCUGUCAUUGUCACGCCCAUGACGCCGCAAGGGUUCGACAAGGACGCACAGGCCACCGCCAACAUGGUAAACGCAGCCGUUACCGCCGGUGUCAAGCACAUUGUCUACGUCGGCUCCUGGACCGUGCACCAGCCGGCGCGCCUCUCGCUCCUCGCCGCACGCUUUGCGCCAACGGAGCAGCUCCUCCACAAGCUUGCCGACGACGUCGGCAUCACCUGGACAUCGCUGCGCUCAGGCUACUUUUUCAACAACUUUGUGCACGUGCUUGGUCCGGCACUCAAGCAGCAUGCCACAACGCCCAUCACCGUCCGGUUCCCCGCCAUCACCGUCCCCGCGUGCGACCCUCGCGACAUUGGCCGCGUCGCCGCACACGUCGCCAUGGACCACGCCACCUCGCGUCAGGACCACCACGCCCGCUGCUACGACAUCAGCGGGCCCGAGCUGCUGCCCAUGCGCGAAGUCGUGCGCCGCGUGGAGGCAGCCGUCCUGCCGUUGCCCGGUGCCAGUGAUGCCAGCCACGCCGGCGACGCCAGUGAUGCCAGUCACGCCGGUGAUGAUGCUGACCAACCAUCAUCCACGGCCUCGGCAACAACGCCAGCAACAACAGCGACAACAGAGACAACACGAGGAGCACUGCGCUUGGCGUACGAGCCCGUGCCGGCUGCGGCGCUGAAGGGCGUCGUGCCAGAGUACCUGCAUCAGCUGCUGGUGUAUCUGGAGGAGGAAGGCGAGCACGCGGUGCCGCUCAGCCGCGACGUCGAGACCGUCACUGGCCAGCCACCGGUCUCCCUUGACACGUGGCUGCGCACUCGUGCCGCUGCACCCUUGCACGACGCCCUCCACAGUGCCACCGGGCAUGUGGAACAGAAACACAACAACGAUGACGCCCAGACCGACACCAACAACAACGAUGAUGACAAUGAUGGCGUUGACGACGACGUGUUGUAACAGUAAUGGUGAUGGAACCAAAGCAUUUAUCAUCUACUGCAUCUGUGUCUCACUCAACGUCUAUGACCUUGUUGUUGUGCAUGCUGGACAGGGACAACCGUCCACCCCACCCAACCCCAAUCAUUCUCCUUCCAAACUAGCUGUUGUUCCUCCUUGUUCACCCUGAAACCCUUGCCCCCCCCCCCUUUGUUUUGCUGAUUAAACUCGCAAGCACACAA